CCCUCUGCACUAUAUAGUAUAUUUGUAUGAUGUCUUCUUAUCUUGAUUGUGAGACAAUAACGUUGUGACUUUAUAUCAAUCACCUGUUUAACCAUGCAUUUUGGGUUUUGUUUGCUAAUUUUAAUUCCAUUAACAAGUGCCCUUGUGCCAGUGCAAAACAAAGAAGAUGCUGUAAUUCAUUUGUUUGAGCAUCAGUAUGAGGAAUUGAAAGCUUUAGUGGAGGAUUUAGAGUCUAAAUUGGAAUCAACAGAGGAAACGAACAUUGAAUAUGCCGACAGAUUGACUUCUGCUGAAAAAAUUAUCAGGGAGCUAAGCGAUAGCAAUGAGGAUCACAGAAGAGCAUUCACUGAAUCGCAGGUUGCUUUCUAUGCCAAAUUGUCUGGGAGUCUUCAUGGAUUGAGUCCUCAUCAAACCAUCAAAUUCGAUGAACUUGUAACAAAUACAUCAGCAUCCCUUUAUGAUACAGCAACUGGUAUUUUCACCGCUCCAGUUUCCGGUAUGUACGUCAUUUCCUGGACAGCUAACGUCAAUUAUAAGCAGGCUCAGGCAACAGAGCUGAUGGUCAAUGAUGUAGCUAAAGCUUCGUCCUACGCCGACACUGCAAGGGGUGGGGACGGUGAUUAUGGCAGUGCCUCUCAGACUGUUGUCUUGCAGGUAAACAAAGGUGAAGAAGUUCUGGUUCGAACUGGUACAAACGGAAAUGGUGAUGUCCAUGGCGCUGAUUAUAGUACAUUCUCUGCCUUUUUGCUUUUCCCUCAUUCAUAAAUACUUUAUUUGCAUUUCAGCCUU